UUCUUGGGGCUCCUCACAGGUGGACGCUGCUUUACUCUGUCCUGGGCUCCCAAGGGAUGGGAGGGCCUCGGAGGAGACGCCUUUGGGUGGAUGUGGAGGAUGGUGAGAAUGUGGUACUGGAAGACUGGUAGAACAUCCCCCCGGGGCAGGCUGGGUAAGUCCCUCCAGCCAUCCCCCAGGCAAAUGCCUCAUCUCCUCAUCUUCUCCCAGCUUCCCACCUUGGCUGUGUAGGCGGUUAGGAAGGCUGUCCUGGCUCACUCCCUCCCUCCCUUCCCCAUGCAGGAGCCUACUGUGUGUCAGGCAGGGUGGGGCAGAUCUAGACCCUGCUCACAGCUCGGUGAGGGUGAGCACACACGUAACUGUACACAAGGCAGACAGGCGUGUCCCCGGAGAGGCUGAGGACCCUUCCCUCAGGGACGGUCCUCUCCAGCCGAGAGCCAUCAGGUCGGAAUGAGCUGAUCGCCCGCUACAUCAAGCUGCGGACAGGGAAGACCCGCACCAGGAAGCAGGUGUCCAGCCACAUCCAGGUUCUGGCUCGGCGCAAAGCCCGCGAGAUCCAGGCCAAGCUGAAGAAUGGGGAGCCUACGAGUCCUGCCAGCCUCACGGGGGUGCUGAGAUGUUCAGAACCAAAGAUCAGGCAGCUAAGGACAAGGCCCUGCAGAGCAUGGCUGCCAUGUCGUCCGCCCAGAUCAUCUCUGCCACAGCCUUCCACAGUAAAAUGGCCCUCACCCGGGGCCCAGGCUACCCGGCGGUCUCAGGGUUUUGGCAAGGAGCUUUGCCGGGCCACGCCGGAACGUCCCACGAUGUGAAACCUUUCUCUCAGCAAACCUACACUGUCCAGCCGUCACUGCCUCUGCCAGGGUUCGAGUCUCCCGCAGGAGCCUCCCCGUCGCCCUCCGCGCCCCCAGCACCCCCGUGGCAGGGCCGCAGCGUGGCCAGCCCCAAGCUCUGGAUGCUGGAGUUCUCUGCCUUCCUGGAGCGGCAGCAAGACCCCGAAACGUACAAUAAGCACCUGUUCGUGCACAUCGGUCAGUCGAGCCCCAGCUACAGCGACCCCUACCUCGAAGCCGUGGACAUCCGCCAGAUUUACGACAAGUUCCCCGAGAGGAAGGGUGGUCUCAAGGAGCUCUUUGAACGGGGACCCUCCAACGCCUUUUUCCUCGUGAAGUUCUGGCACCAGCUCACCUGUUCUACCUGCUCCCCCAAAAGUCACACACUCCAUGAGAGCAGAGACAACACUGCAGCCUCUUUGGGCGCCCCCUGUCCCGGCCAUGCUGGGCCAGGCAGGAUAAACGGGCAGCGGAGCGACUGGAAGGACCAGGCGAACCUCAACACCAACAUCGAGGACGAAGGCAGCUCCUUCUACGGGGUGUCCAGCCAGUACGAGAGUCCUGAGAACAUGACCAUCACCUGCUCCACCAAGGUCUGCUCCUUUGGCAAGCAGGUGGUGGAGAAACUGGAGACUGAGUACGCGCGCUACGAGAACGGCCACUACUCCUACCGCAUCCACCGCUCGCCGCUCUGCGAGUACAUGAUCAACUUCAUUCAUAAGCUGAAGCACCUGCCCGAGAAGUACAUGAUGAACAGCGUGCUGGAGAACUUCACCAUCCUGCAGGUGGUCACCAACAGAGACACGCAGGAGACGCUGCUGUGCGUCGCGUACGUCUUCGAGGUGUCGGCCAGCGAGCACGGGGCUCAGCACCACAUCUACCGGCUGGUGAAGGAAUAAGAGACCGGGGAGCAGGGAGGGGGGCAAGACAUCGUGUGCGCAGGGACGCGGGGUGGGGACCCGCGGGGGCAGCCCCCCCCAGGGCGCCAGGAGAGUGGAGGUCAUGACUCUUCUACCAGGAACGUGAACCCGCAGUGCCUAAGCCCAAUAAACGCAAGACCUGGGCACCUUCAGAGGCCCCGUCCGGCUGUGUGAGCCCCGGGAGGGGCUGAGGGAGCAGGCGGCUGGCUGGGAAACGGGCGGAAGCGGCCCCGGGGUGCCGUCCUGAAGCCAAGGCCCCAGUGGACUCGGCCAGGAACGUCCAGACGCUGAAGCUCAAGAUGGGUCAGCCCCUGCGCUGCACUGGAGCCGCUGCCGGCCACGCUGGGAGGCCUGCGGGGGGCGUGGGUCCUCGGCCACCUGGGAGUGCCGGAUGCAUCCGCCCUGGCCACCUCUGCUGCUGCUGCUGCCCCAGGACAGCCGGCAGGGAGGCGCGGCCCAGUCCCGGGGGGGUGGGUUUCAGGUGUGGAGGUGACUGAACUCUCGGGAGGUUGGAAGUAGACGCAGUCAGAGCUCUUUAGGUAGUUUUCAUCCGUCUCCAGGCAUGGGCUCCGUGGCCACGCUGGCUGCCCGGGGUGGGGUGGGUCCCAGGUCAGGGGAGCCUGAGACAGCGAGUGUGGGAGUGCAGUGGUGCAGCCAGCUUUUGAGUGUGGGCGGUGAGGCCAGAGUCACGCGGCCUCCUCUGUGGUGGGAAGGCCAAGACAGUUGGUCAGAGGUCUGCGGUGGACCAGUGGUUUCUGAGACCACGCAGUCUGCAUGGUCUGUGAGUCUCACCGCAAACCCCUCCCAGCCAAGAAGCCUGCCGGUGCCGCCUUGGAGCAGCCCAGGCCGUCCACGCCGUCCCUAAGUCCACUCCCUCCCCAAAGGUCAGGUUCUGUGCCCCGCUCCCCGCUGCGCCUGGAGGGGACCCGCGGAGGGAUUUCCCUGCUCUGUUUCUCCUGGGAACUGGCCUCGGUCCUCGUGUUCCCUGCUGCCCGAGCUGUCUCAGCGUGAGUGUCCUUCCUCCCUGUAAAGGGGGAUGGGCGCAGUGAGGAGGAAAGAUCAUGUCGGUAAAGGGCCUGGUGCAAGAUGCACCAGAUACAGUAAACAUUAUCAUCAUCCCCUUAUCCCUGCCCUCGGGGCUCUCGGGGCCCGGCUCUUUGCUGCCAUCUAGCGGCCAUUUGGUAUCACCUCUGGUGGGGAACCGCAAUUCCAGGAGCCUGGGGCCGAAGGGGAACAAGAUUCAACCUGCAGGUGGUUUGUGUGCCCAGCACUCAGGGAGAUGUAUGGGGAUAAGAAGCGAGUAAGACGACGUUGAGGAGGUGUUACGGAGCAGUUAGGAGCAAGGGCUCUGGAGUCAGGCUGCUAGGAUUGGAAUCCUGGUGCUCCGCUACAGACUAGCUGCGUGGCCUUGGGGCAAGCUACCUAAUUUCACUGUGCCUCAGUUUCCCCGUCUGUAAAAUGGGUAUAACAACAGUACCUACCUCGUGUAUGCAGAGUGCCUAGCACGGUGCCGAGCACACAAGCGUGUUCGAUACAUAUGCGUUAUUAUUCAUAGCAUCUGACUCCUUGCAAUCUGAGAAGUCAACCUGGAAAACUCUUAAGUGGGGUGAGCGGUCCUCAGAGCAGCUGGAGUUCAGAGGUGGGAGGGGGCAGGGCGUGGAAGGUUCGGGGAUGAGGGGGAAAUUGAGAGGGGCUGCCCCUUGAAAGAGGGGCAACGUCUAGGUAAGCAGCCUGUGGACGGCUGCUAGGCUCCAUGCCAAGUUGUGUGACCCUCGUGCGUGCGGGGACCCAGCUCCCCCUUGUGGAUGAUGUGAUGUGGAGGGGGCCUUGGGGUCCCUGAGAAGCACUCACACGUCCUCCUCUGGUUAGUGUCUGCUAAGGCUCUCCCGCCCUCCCCCCUCCCAGCCCCUGUUUCCGGGGCUGUCAGAAUAAGGGGAGCUCGUGACGCCUGCCCUCCCAGCACGACUGAACCUUCCAGCAAGGGCUUGAGAAGCGUGUGUGAGCAGCCUCUGGGCCCUGGGACGGAUGCACACACUAGGUCCCUCGUUUUGUAUCGUGGGUGAGGGCUGCCAGUGCAGCUGUCGGGUCCACGUGUUGGCUGUGCGUCUUCCCUUCUCUUUAGGAACUGACCUCAGUAGCCUAAGGGACACUAACCUACUUAGAGCUGGAAAGUCCAAACCGGUCACAGCCACGGAGAACACAGGUGCAGGCGCCUCUCCCCACGGUGUCGUGCAGACCGCGACCCUCGGGGCCCGCAAAUGGGAGACCUGACCCGGGCCCGCCUCUCCUGCAGCCUCAUCUGACACCCCCCUGCGCCCCUCCCCGCCUUUCGGCUCUGGCCCUGGAGAACUGUCACUCAUUCUUCAAGAGCCAGCAUGGAGCCACGUCUUCUCCCGCAGAAGGGCAGGUUGCUCCUGUCCUGGUGUGGAGAAAGCGUUCCAUUCACAACCCGUCAGAGCACCUGCCACGCGUCCCUGGACAGAGGGCCUGUGUCACCUCUUCCAUCCUCACCCGGGGGCGCUGUGCUCUCCCCGUUUUAAAGAUGAGGAAGGUGGGGUCUGGAGAGGCCGGCUAACUCGCCUGAGGCUGAAUGCGUUUAUUCACUCGCUUAACACACGUUUAUUGAACUUCUGCUUCGUGCCAGGCGCGGGACGUACUGAUGGCCGAGACAGACGGGGUCCCUGGGAGCUUGCGUUUUACUGAGGAGGGAAGACAAAGUGAGCGGGUGAAGGACGUGCAGACUGACGGGUGCUGACAGGAGGAGAGGGCGCCGAGGCCGCGGCCUGGGGGCGGGCGUGACGCGUGUCCCGGGGACAGCAGGGAAGCCACAGCAGGAACCCAGAGAUGCAGGCCCAGAUCCCGCCCAGGCCCUGCCCCGCGCUCGGGAAGGGCUUCGGCUUUUUCUGCGUGUGAUGGGAGGUCCUGGAAGUGUUUUAAGCAAGGGAGUGAGACUGUCGGGUCUGAUUUCUGGGAAGCAGCACUGGUGGCCGUGGACCACAGAGCAGUGCGCGUCCUUGCUUCCGAGUCAGCCUUGCCCCCUGGGCUCAGCAUCUGGCUGGGGAGACCGUAGCUGCCCUGCUCUGUCACUUUCUGUAACCUGAACCCAUGUCUGGAACACAGCAGGUGCCUGAUGAGCGUUUGAAGGGUGCCCGUGUGCAAGGUGUGACCCGUGCCUUUUGGGCCUGGGAGGGGUGAUGGGUGGGUGUCCCCGAGCCUGCGGGAUAGGACUCUGCUGACAUCAGGAGUCAGCAGGCGGGGAUGUGGAACCAGGAUGGGUGCCUGACCCAUGGGGUCCGAUGGCCCAGCAGACAGUGCCCCAGUGACCACCAAUGACCUUCCAUAGGGUGGGUGACCUGCAUGCGACAGGAGUUUGGGAGGCGCGUGUGACGCGGCCCCGCCCUUCUGGGACCGGAGCCAGGCUGAGGAGCGCGGGGCUGUGUGUACCAGCUUGGGGCCCCUGCUCCCUGGCCCGCCCACGGGGCUCAGAGGGCAGUGGGGUGGAGUAGGGCCCGGGUGUCCCUUGUUAGCAGGGGUGGCGACAGCAGGGAGCCCCACAGGGACCGGACCACCAGUGCACACCUGGGCUGCACCUGCCUGGAGGAGGGACUCGAGCUGGAGCGGGGGCGGGCUUGAUUUUCCCCCUCAUCCCAGAGGUCACCGCGUUUGACCCCUUCUGACAUUACUGCCCAAGACAGGAAACGAGAAGGUAACUCCGGAUAAGUUGUUCUUGAGAACGGAAGCCCCGGAGCCAGGCUGCUCCAGGACUGAGUUGGCUUCUUACAAGUCGUGUGACCUUGGGCGAGUGACUUACCCUCCGGGAACCUUUGUAACCUCGUGUGUGAAAUGGGAAUAAAGUAGGCUGACUGUGGGGAGGAAGAAGGUGACCGCACCUGUGAGGGGGCAGGUCCACACCUGUGAGGGGCGGGCCCACACCUGUGAGGGGAGAGGUCCACACCUGUGAGGGGCGGGCCUACACCUGUGAGGGGAGGGGUCCACACCUGUGAGGGGGCGGGCCCACCUGGCCCGCGGGGCGCAGCGGGGCAGCGAGUCAGCGAAGAGGACCAUCCCACCCCGGCCACGGACGCUCAUGUGUUCACACAGGACUCACACACGCUGAAUACACACACACACACUUAGGCGCACACACACACUCCUAUGCACUAUAUACACCUACACACACUCAUACACUCACCACAUACCUACUCACUGUAUACACACAUACAUACACACAUGCACCACACAUACCUACACACAGUGUAUACACACACACGCUUACACACAUUCAUACACUCAUCACGUACACACACGCGUAUACCACACACCUACACACACACUCACCACAUAGACGUACACACACACACACGCUCAUCGUUAGAGAGGCAAAAGCUCUGCUCCGAUGCCCCUCGAAAGGCAGAGAGGAGGCCUCGGGGCUCCGGGUCGGGCAGACUUUCCUCCUCACUUUGGGGGGGGGGGGCAGAAACAGGGGAGCAGGUGUUCUUCAUUGAGAAAAUAACUCUCGAAAGGGAGGGCCAAGCCACUCCGAAUAAGAAACUGUCCCGAAUUUGGUUUCUGUGUUACUUCCUGAGACAGGACGGGUGUGGUGGGCAUGCACCUUUGCGGAAGGCUGGAGCCCAGCGGGAGAAAACCGUGUCUCUGAGCUCAUGGAUGUCUGAUUCAACUUUAAGUUUUUUGUAUUCUGCUCUGUAAACCCCCUCUGUCUCCACAUCUUCAGUAAAGUCUGCUGCACACACAAA